AUGGUUGCAUUAGCAUAUGCUAGUACUCAAAGGUCACCGAGGGACCUAGGUGCCUUCGAUGACUUUGAGAAGAAGGUGGCAUAUAGAAAGUAUGUAUUGGCAAGAACAUACAAUGGGACGGAGACAAGAUGCUAUGAUGAGUUGCGUUUAACAAAAAGAAAUUUCCAUAAUCUUUGUGCUAUGCUGCGUGAGAAGGGUGGUCUCAAAGAUACAACCUAUGUCACGGUAGAAGAAAAUGUUGCUAUGUUCUUACAAGUAGUUGGGCAUGGAACUAAAAUGCAGAUGAUUGGCUAUGAGCGGUCUUUAGAGACAACCAGUAGGCACUUCGGUAAUGUGUUAACUGCCAUCUUAUCUCUAACUGGGGAGUUCAUCAAGCUUCCUGAGCCUACUGCCACCCCUCCCGAUGAUUACAAAUGGAAGUGGUUUCCCAAUGCACUUGGAGCUCUAGACGGGUGUCAUAUUGAUGUGUUUGUUAGGGUGGCUGACAAAGGGAGGUAUAGGAAUAGAAAACAAGACAUCACCACUAAUAUGUUGGGUGUGGUUGAUUGGAACAUGAAGUUUCUCUAUGUUCUACCUGGUUGGGAGGGCUCGGCAUCGGACUCUAAAGUGUUGAAAGAUGACAUGAGAAUUGACCGCCAAGAUGCAUUUGUUGUACCAGAGGGGAAGUACUACCUAGUUGAUGCGGGUUAUACAAAUGGACCUGGAUUCCUAUCUCCAUUUCGAUCCACUAGGUACCACUUGAAAGAGUGGGCUGCUAGUAUACUAGGGCCCCAAACUGAAAAGGAGUUGUACAACUUGAGGCAUUCUCGUGCUAGAAAUGUAGUGGAGAGAUGUUUUGGGCUAUUGAAGAAAAAAUGGGCCAUCCUACGUUCUUGUUCUUUCUUUUCCAUAGAAGACCAGAUUCGAAUUAUUAAUGCUUGUUGUGUGUUGCACAACUAUGCAAGGGAUAGACAACAUGUGAGGGAUGAUCUAUUGCUGCAGGAGAUUGACGCUGAACUAGUAGCUACGGUCCCUGAACCUGCAGAUGAUGUCGCACUAAUUAGAAGUGUGCAACUAAGCGAGACAUGUACCACGUUUAGGCAGGCUUUAGCUGAUGAGCUGUUUGCUGAGUACCUUGUGACACAUGACGAACUAGCAAUGGAGUAG